AUGGCCACAAGGCCAUUGCACCCACACCCGCCACCCCCAUACCCCCACCCCACUGCUGCACCUGCAGUAGAGGAUGAGGAAAGGGGGGGGGGGGAGCUGGUGCAGCAGAUCCCCUCCCCCUCACUGCUGCACCCGCAGCAGGGGGAGAGGGCAGCAAGGCGCACGGGGCGCACAGGUCAGCAGGGCGCACAGGGCAGCAGGGCAGCAGGGCGCGCGGGGCGCACAGGGCUGCAGGGCGCGCGGGGCGCACAGGGCAGCAGGGCAGCAGGGCGCGCGGGGCGCACAGGGCUGCAGGGCGCGCGGGGCGCACAGGGCAGCAGGGCAGCAGGGCGCACAGGGCUGCAGGGCAGCAGGGCGCACAGGGCUGCAGGGCAGCAGGGCGCGCGGAGCGCGCAGGGCUGCAAGGCGCGCGGGGCGCACAGGGCAGCAGGGCGCACAGGGCAGCAGGGCAGCAGGGCGCGCGGGGCGCACAGGGCUGCAGGGCAGCAGGGCGCGCGGGGCAAACAGGGCAGCAGGGCGCACAGGGCUGCAGGGCAGCAGGGCGCACCGGGCCGCAGGGCAGCAGGGCGCGCGGGGCGCGCAGGGCUGCAGUGCGCGCAGGGCGCGCAGGGCAGCAGGACAGCAGGGCGCGCAGGGCUGCAGGGCGCACGGGGCGCAGCAGGGCUGCAGGGCGCGCGGGGCACGCAGGGCAGCAGCAAGGGCUGUAGCGGCAACAGCAAGGGCAGUAGCGGCAGCAGCAGGGCAGCAGGGCGCACAGGGCUGCAGGGCAGCAGGGCGCACAGGGCUGCAGGGCAGCAGGGCGCACAGGGCUGCAGGGCAGCAGGGCGCGCGGGGCGCGCAGGGCUGCAGGGCGCGCGGGGCGCACAGGGCAGCAGGGCAGCAGGGCGCGCAGGGCGCGCAGGGCUGCAGUGCGCGCAGGGCGCGCAGGGCAGCAGGACAGCAGGGCACGCAGGGCGCGCAGGGCUGCAGGGCGCGCGGGGCGCAGAGGGCAGCAGGGCAGCAAGGCGCGCGGGGCGCAGCAGGGCUGCAGGGCGCGCGGGACGCGCAGGGCAGCAGCAAAAGCUGGCUGCAGGGCAGCAGGGCGCGCGGGGCGCGCAGGGCUGCAGGGCGCGCGGGGCGCACAGGGCAGCAGGGCAGCAGGGCGCGCGGGGCGCGCAGGGCUGCAGUGCGCGCAGGGCAGCAGGACAGCAGGGCGCGCAGGGCGCGCAGGGCUGCAGGGCGCGCGGGGCGCACAGGGCAGCAGGGCAGCAAGGCGCGCGGGGCGCAGCAGGGCUGCAGGGCGCGCGGGGCGCGCAGGGCAGCAGCAAGGGCUAUCCCCUCCCCCCACUGCUGCACCCGCAGCAGGGGGGAGGUAGGAGAAGGGGCGGUGCAGGAGCCGCUCGGGCGACAGCAGGGGCGGCAGGUCGUGAGGGGCCAUGGCUAGGGGCGACGGGGCCAUGGCUAGGUACGGGGCCGGGCGUUGGGCAGGUACGGGGCCGGGCUCUGGGCAGGUACGGGGCCGGGCACUGGGCAGGAAGGGGGGCCGGUCGCUGGGCAGUUACAGGGCCGGGCGCUGGGCAGGUACGGGGCCGGGCGCUGGGCAGGUACAGGGCCGGGCGCUGGGCAGGUACGGGGCCGGGCGCUAGGCAGGUACGGGGCCGGGUGCUGGGCACGGACGCUGGGCAGGUACUGGGCCGGGCGCUGGGCAGGUACGGGGCCGGGCGCUGGGCAGGUACGGGGCCGGGCGCUGGGCAGGUACGGGGCCGGGCGCCGGGCAGGUACGGGGCCUGGCGGGGCUAG